UUUUUUGCUAUAUAUAUGUUCACAUCAAUUGCUGAAAGUAUCAUUAACAAUUUCUAACUUGUUAACGUUAAAUCUAAAUCAAAUCAAAAUGUUCAAAUACGCCGUUGUUAUCUUCGCUGUCAUUGUCUGUGCCGCUGCUAAACCCGGUUUUGUAGCUCCUUUGACUUACACUGCUCCCGCCGGUCUUGUCACCGCUACUAGUAGCCAAUUUGUUGCUCGUAACCACAAUGGUAUUGCCACCGCUCCCGUUGUUGCUCCAGUAGCUGCCCCUGUUGCUGCCUACACUGCUCCUGUAGCUGCCGCUUACACCGCUCCAGUUGUAGCUAAAUACGCUGCUGCUUACUCUACUCCCUUGGCCUACUCAGCUCCCGUUGCCGCUGCUUACAGCGCUCCUUUGACAUAUGCCGCCACUCCUUUGGCUUAUGCUAACGCUCAUUUGGAUGCCGCUUAUGCUAGCAGCCGUGUUGAUCUUAAGCAAAACUACAACGCCGCCGUCGUUCCUGCCUCUUAUGCUGCUGCACCCGUUUUGUUGUAAAUCUAGAUUUGGUUAAUGAUAUUUCGAUUUAUAAUAAAUGAUCUCUGAUCUAAAGUU